GUGCGGGCGGUGCCCUGGUGGGACCAGCGCAGACCCUUCAGCGAUUCUGCUGCUGUUAAAGAAACCCUUGGAGCUCUUCACUCUCUUGUUGACAGAUGCAACAAGCUCGAACUCAAAUACAGGCAGCUGCAGGGCCGCUUCCACCAGGCGCACCUGGUGUCGCUGCGGACGCCGCUGGGCUCUGUGGUGUCUGAACACCUCGCGGACUUGGAAGAUCCCUCGGAAGCAGAAACAGCAGAAAUUGUUUCUUUCUGCGCCCUCGACCACCACCUCGACGCGCGCACGCGGUGCUGGGCCAACUCGCAGCAAGACACAGAAAUGCGUUUGGACUUGGUGCGCCGGGCCUUAGAGGCGAAAGUUAAAAAGCUGCAGGGGGAGAUAAGGGCCCUGAGGGCGAUUGAAGAAGACCCGCGGGCUUCUGCUGCUGCUGCUGCUGCUGCUGCAGCAGCAGCGAGCGCGGGACCCCCGCCCCACCCUGCUGCUCCUUUAGGGAUAAAUCAGGAGGAACCUGAAGACAUCUAUGCGGGGCCCCCCACCACUUUUGGCUAG